AGACACUCAUGGACACAACUUAACAGCAGGCUCAUUUCAACAUGGAAAGCACCCAGCAGGAGAGCCCAGAGAACCCCCCUGCACCAUGCAGUGACGUGUCGAUGCAGAGUGACCGUUCAAUAGGCGGCCUGAUUGAUUUUAAAAAGCAGCACCCUUCCUCGGAAAACACCACCCAGCAGGAGAGCCCAGACUCCCCUGUACCAUGCAGCUCCAUGCAGAGUGACCAUUCAAUAGGAGGCCUGAUUGAUUUUAAAGGCAGACAUGAUUCUCUGAAGAAGAGCAUCCAGGAUGAGAGACCAGACUCGGCCAGCUGUGUGUCCAUGGGUGACCGUUCACUGGGCGGCCUAAUUGAUUUUAAAGAUCAACAACAUGCAUUUGAAAAUGUAGUCCACCAGGGGGGCUCGGAGGCUACCAGUAGUGAGCCUGCCCAGAAGCAUCAAACAGAUCUGGAGGACAUAUUUAUGCUGCUUGAAGAGACCAUGAUCAGGUUUGUGAAGGAGGAGCUGAAAAUCUUUCAAAGAGUUCUCUGUCCAGAUUCAGAAGGUGAGAAGAAAAAGGAAGACAUGGUGGACAGUGAGGAGGAAGAGCAGAGGAAGAGAAGCAGAGAGGCCCUUCUGAAGAUCACACUGCACUUCCUGAAGAGAAUGAAGCAGGAGGAGCUGGCCGACUCUCUGCAGAGCAAAGCCGUUGGUCCUAUAUGCCAGCAAAUAAUCAAAAGAAACCUAAAAGGGAAGUUCCAGCGGUUUUUUGAGGGAAUUGCUAAAGCAGGAAACCCGACACUGCUGAAUGACAUGUACACAGAGCUCUUCAUCGCAGAGGGAGGGAGUGGAGAGGUCAAUGACGAACAUGAGAUCACACAGAUCGAAACAACAUCCAGGAAACCAUCAAGACCAGAAACUAUGAUCAAAUGUGAAGACAUCUUCCAACAAUUGCCUGGCAGAGAUCAUCAACCAAUCAGAACAGUGCUGACAAAGGGAGUGGCUGGCAUAGGGAAAACAGUCCUCACACAUAAGUUCACUCUGGACUGGGCCGAAGACAAAGCCAACCACAACAUCCAGUUCACAUUUCCAUUCACCUUCAGAGAGCUCAAUGUGCUGAAAGAGAAAAAGUUCAGCUUGGUGGAACUUGUUCAUCACUUCUUUACCGAGACCAAAGAAGCAAGAAUCUGCAACUUUGACAAGUUCCAGGUUGUGUUCAUCUUUGACGGUCUGGACGAGUGCCGACUUCCUCUGGACUUCCACAACAAUGAGAUCCUGACUGAUGCUACAGAGUCCGCCUCAGUGGAUGUGCUGCUGACAAACCUCAUCACGGGGAAACUACUUCCAACCGCUCGCCUCUGGAUAACCACACGACCUGCAGCAGCCAAUCAGAUCCCUCCUGAGUGCGUUGACAUGGUGACCGAGGUCCGAGGGUUCACCGACCCACAGAAGGAAGAGUACUUCAGGAAGAGAUUGAGAGAGGAGGAGCAGGCCGGCAGAAUCAUCUCCCACAUCAAGACAUCACGAAGUCUCCACAUCAUGUGCCACAUCCCAGUCUUCUGCUGGAUUACCGCUUCAGUUCUGGAAGAUAUAAUGGGAUCACAAACAACAGACAAGCUGCCAAAGACCCUGACUGAGAUGUACAUCCGCUUCCUGGUGGUUCAGUCCAAAGUAGGGAAUGUCAAGUAUCGUGGAGGAGCUGAGACGGAUCCACUCUGGAACACCGAGACCAGCAAGAUCAUCAUGUCUCUGGGGAAACUGGCUUUUGAGCAGCUGCAGAAAGGUAAUCUGAUCUUCUAUGAAUCCGACUUGAGAGAGUGUGACAUCGAUAUCACAGCAGCCUCAAUCUACUCAGGGGUGUUCACACAGAUCUUUAAAGAGGAGUGUGGGCUGUACCAAGAAAAGGUCUUCUGCUUCGUCCAUCUGAGCUUUCAGGAGUUUCUAGCUGCUCUGUAUGUCUACGUGCAGUUCAUCAACACCGGUGUCAACCUACUGUCAGAGCCACAGUCCAGAUCUAGUUGGUGGUCUAAGCUAUUUACAUUGACAUCAACUAAAAAAACAAUCUUCCAGAGUGCUGUGGACAAGGCCCUACAGAGUCCAAAUGGACACUUGGAUUUGUUCCUCCGCUUCCUCCUGGGUCUUUCACUGGAGACCAAUUACACUCUUCUACGAGGUCUGUUGGAACAACCAGGAUGUGGCGCAUAUACCAAUCACGAGACGCAGUACAUCAAGGAAAAGAUCCGGGAGACUCCAUCUCCAGAGAGGUGCAUCAACCUGUUCCACUGUCUGAACGAGCUCAAUGAUCAUUCUCUAGUGGAGGAGAUCCAACAGUCCCUGAGUUCAGGAAGUCUCUCCACAGACAAACUGUCUCCAGCUCAGUGGUCAGCUCUGGCUUUCUUCUUACUGUCAUCAGAAAAAGACCUGGAUGUGUUUGACUUGAGGAAAUAUUCUGCUUCAGAGGAGGCUCUUCUGAGGCUGCUGCCAGUGGUCAAAGCCUCCAACAAAGCUCUACUGAAUGGCUGUAACUUGUCAGAGAGAAGCUGUGAAGCUCUGGCAUCAGUUCUCAGCACCAAAAACUCCAGUCUGAGAGAGCUGGACCUGAGUAACAACGACCUGCAGGAUUCAGGAGUGAAGCUGCUUUCUGCUGGACUUGCAAGUCCACACUGUAGACUGGAAACUCUGAGACUGUCAGGCUGUCUGGUAUCAGAGGAAGGCUGUGCUGCCCAGGCCUCAGCUCUGAGCUGUAACCCCUCCCAUCUGAGAGAGCUGGACCUGAGCUACAACCAUCCAGGAGAUGCAGGCGUGAAGCUGCUCUCCGCCGCCCUAGAGGACCCACGCUCGCAACUGACUAUUCUCAGUGUGGAACAUGGUGGAGCGAAGAGGUUAAAGUCAGGUCUGAGGAAGUAUGCCGGUGAACUCCGGCUGGACCCGAACACAGCGAACAGGAAGCUGUUGUUGUCUGAGGACAACAGAAAGGUGACAGAGGUGAAAGAGGAGCAGCCUUACCCUGAACAUCCAGCGCGAUUUCACCACUGGAAGCAGGUUCUGUGUAGAAACGGUUUGACUGGGCGCUCUUACUGGGAGGCGGACUGGAAAGGAUGGGUUAAUAUUGGAGUGGCAUACAAAGGAAUCAAAAGGAAAGGGCAGGAUGACGACUGCUGGAUUGGACAGAAUGACAAGUCCUGGAGUCUGUUACGCUGUGAUAAUAAUUACUCCGCCUGUCACAAAAAUAGGAGAGCAGUCAUACCCAUCCACCCCUCGUUUGACACGGGCAGAGUAGCAGUGUAUGUGGACUGGCCUGCUGGCGUUCUGUCCUUCUAUAGAGUCUCCGCUGACACACUGAUCCACCUCUACACCUUCAACACCACAUUCACUGAACCGCUCUUCCCUGCAUUUGGGAUGGAGUUAAAGCCUGGAUCAUCAGUUUAUCUGUGUCAGUUAUAGCACGAGGUCGAGUCACCUCUUGUCUGGAGAAACACAGUUUAACAGAGACAAUUGCUGAACAUACUGUAAAGUGUAAUGAAUGACGUACAGUAGACACAUCAUUUAGUUGAAAUAUUUUUUUGCAAUCCAUUUCUUUUUGUCUUUUU